AGAGAGAGAGAGGGAGAGAGAGAGAAAGAGAAAGGGUUGCUUUAUAAAGCUUCAGAAGUCACCAAAAAGGCCUUUCUUUCCUUUUUAUUUUUUAUUUUUUUUUUAAUUUUUACGUCUUUUGACGUUCUUUCCGCUAUUUCUAUGGCUCUUCCCAUAACUCUUGUUCUUCACACUUUACUGCAAUUUCUUUGAUACAUAAUGAACGGUUCAGAUAUGCCUCUAUCCAAAGAUCCAGCUUUCAAGCUCUUUGGUCGAAAGAUUCCGGUACCCGAUACCCUGAUUCCGGCCAAACCACCAUCCCAGCAGAACAGCUGCAAUGAAAAUACAAAAGGAGAAACUGAUGGUCUCAAUGAUGACAACUCCGGAGAGCCAGAUAAGUCCAAUGCUUCAGGUCAAGCUAAGGAAGAAAACCAAACCCUUAUGCUUGUGGAUGAAACGAAAGGAACUUCCAAGUCAAAGGAAGACCAGGAAGAGACCAAUAGUGUAGACCAAGAGAAAGUUUUCAAGAAGCCAGAUAAGAUCCUACCAUGUCCAAGAUGUAACAGUUUAGAUACAAAAUUUUGUUACUUCAACAACUACAGUGUCAACCAACCAAGGCAUUUUUGCAAGAAUUGCCACAGAUAUUGGACGGCUGGUGGAACAAUGAGAAAUGUCCCUAUUGGUGCUGGACGGCGGAAGAAUAAGCACUUAGCCUCUCAGUACCGUCAAAUAUUAGUAUCUUCUGAAGGUGUACCUAUUACCAGAAUGGAAAACUCAGACUCAGCCAAUCACCAACUUGUAUCAUCUGUUGAUUCUGCAACCACUUUGAGUCCUUCAACAACAGGAAAUGGGAUGGUUCUAAAAUUUGGUCCUGAAGCACCACUUUGUGAAUCCAUGGAGACAGCACUUAACCUUGGAGACCAAAACAAAUAUGCUGAGAUAAGUUCAGUCAAUUGUCGAGAUAAUAUAGAGGAGCCAUCCUCAUGUGGAUCCUCCAUGACAGCAUCCAGUUGCCAGGGAAAUGAAUUACCAGAAACUGUUAUGCAAAAGGAGCUAGUUGGCUUGCCAGGACCUCCUAAUGAGUUCAAUAUGCCACAUCCUCUGCACUGUUACCCUCUUCCUCCAUGGGUAUUCCCCUGGAACCCAGGUUGGAACAAUGCAACUUCUAUGGCAGCAGCUCAGCAUUCUGCUGGGCCAAAUAGCAAUAAUUCCAAUCAACUUCAGUGGUGCCCUACACCAAUACUGGCAGUCCCAGGCUUUUGUCCACCAAAUAUUCCUUUACAAUUUGUACCGGCUUCAUAUUGGGGUUGCAUGCCUAUGUGGGCUGCUGGAACAGGAAAUAAGUCAUUGAGUGGAUCUAAUGGUUGCUCUUCUCCAUCAUCCUCGACUAGCACCAGUUGCUGCUCUGGAAAUGGCUCACCAAACCUAGGCAAGCAUUCUAGAGAUUCAAAUCUUAUGAAUGAAGAUAAAGCUGAGAAUUGUAUAUUGGUACCAAAGACAUUGAGAAUUGAUGACCCAAAUGAGGCUUCAAAGAGUCCUUUAUGGGCCACAUUAGGUCUUAAACUUGACCAGAAGAAUCCUGUACCAAAAGGUACCACCUUCAAAACUUUUGAAACUAAAGCAGAAGGGAAGGGCCAUGUAUCAGAUGCCACUCAUAUACUAGAAGCAAACCCAGCAGCUCUUUCUCGCUCUCAUACAUUCCAGGAAAGCAGCUAGAGGGGGCCCUACUGAAAUUUUUCUUGAUGAAUUGCAGGGACUUGUUUUCUUCUAAGAGAAUGUAGCAUCAGCCUUCCUUUCAGAAAUCUUGCUUUUAUGCUAAAUCCUGAUUCUUUGAAGUCUGAAAAAAGAUAUUGGGAAAUCAAAAGUUGCAUUACAAUCAACAGUGUUGUCAGCAUAUCUAUUCAAAAGAGUUCACAUUGUAAAUAUUGGAGGAUCUUUAGUGAGUGUUUUUAUGUUCUGCGGCCUUUUGUAGGUUUCAGUUCAUACACAUUCGUCUCUUCUGCCUUGAGUUGGCAGAAAAUAAAGGGAAGUUCUGCUAAAUGUUGUAUGUAUGAUUUAAAACCAUGUUCAAUUACAAGGCUAACCCAUGUUUUACAA